UGUAAUUUCAAACACCACAACAUCCUCCCUUCUGAAGAGAUAUUGUAGCCCGAGCCGCCGCUAUCUUGGAUAGAACAGAUAUCCAUCACAUGCCCAUGAUGCUUCGACUAGCGUCAUUACGACGACACCAGCAACUGACGCCGUUUCUUAUGCUGCUCGUUCUGCUCGUGGUCACGUCGACGACAGCCUUAGACCACGAAUUCGACAUGUUCCCACCCAAAUCUGGGGUCGGCAUUUGGGUCGAUGUGGACACCCCUCUGGAUUUGCGCACCAAGGUCUCCUCCCGCGGUGAACGCUGGGACCUCGUCAUGAGCGACGAGUUUGAGAUCGACGGUCGAUCGUUUCACGCGGGAAAGGAUCAUCUGUGGACCGCGUUGGACAUCCCCGAUGGAGUCAACGCCGCGCUGGAGCUGUACAACUCGUCCAACGUGUACACCAAGAACGGGAAGCUCGUCAACAAGGUCGAGGAAGGCACGACCAUGGUCACGUACUUCAACCAAUGGCUUGAGAAACCCGCCUUCGAAACCAACACAUUGCACUACUCUGCUGGGAUGAUGCAAUCGUGGAACAAGUUCUGCAUGCAAGGCGGGCUCAUCGAGGUAUCAGCCAAGCUGCCUGGGGCCAUCAACAACGUGCCGGACGCCGAGCACAAGAGCGUCACCAACAACCCGAACGCCGUCGGUGUGUUUUGGAAGGACGGGGUCAAGUCCCCGCUCACAGCUCGGGACCGGAUCAAAGACGGCGCGUACUACCCGACCUGGCCCGGCAUUUGGCUCAUGGGAAACUUGGGGCGCGCGCUCUUCACGGCGUCCACCACGCGCAUGUGGCCGUGGACAUACAACGAGUGCGACGCCGACUUGGCGCCGCAUCAAGUGAUUUCUGCAUGCAACGCCACCCCCGGCUUUGGUUUGAACCCAAACCAAGGCCGCGGCGCCCCCGAGAUCGACAUCCUCGAAGGUGGUGGCGCCGCCAUCUCGUCGUCCAUUCAGAUCGCUCCGGGUAUGCCCGACAACUACCGUCGCAUACCCAUGAUCAACCCCGACAACAAGUACUGCGUAUACGGCAAAGCGUGUGCCACCCCCGGCGCCAACAUCCCCGACGCCCCCACGUCCACGUACGCAUCCCGCGGCCAUCGAAGCUGGUACCAAGGGCUCAAGUAUGCUGCCAACAAUCGGUGUCCGCCCACACCCAUGGACAUUCAAGCGUUUGAACCGGUAAGAAAGCGAGUUGAACUGCUGGUGUCAAACGUGUUUGACAAGAGUCAAAUGAGUGCCGCGCGCGAUGUGAAUGCCGACUUGGGGCUGAUCGACGGCAAAGGGCCGGGCCACUGGGGCAUCAACAGCAACGGCACGUGCUUUCCCAUUGCGAAUGGGUACAUUGGCGCGUUUUUAUGCGACCCCGACUCGAAGAACCUCAAGUGCGAAGCGCCUCGCAGAGAGGGCGUGGCCGAUACCAACCAAAUGGCCAAGUUUGAGUACCAGAUGGACGCAAUUUCAGCUAAUUGGGACAUUGGACAUGAAGCGUACACUACGUUUUACAAGUAUCAAGUGGAAUGGGUCAUGGGCCCAAAUGGAUAUGUUCGAUGGAGUCUCAUGGACGCACCGUUGUUUGAGAUCCCGGCGUCGGCCGUGACAAGUCCCCCGCAGUCGACCACUGGAACGCCUCGAACCAACCCUAAGAAACUCAUGAUCGAAGAGCCGCUCUACAUCAUCUUCAACGUGGCUCUGGCCAAAGCGUGGGGAGCGACCCCGCCGAAUGCGGACAUUGGGCCGUGUCGCGGCAACGGCACCCAUCCAUCUCCAGGCUCGGAAGCCGCCAACAAGUCCAACAACAUUUGCGACUCGUUCCCCAUGUACAUGGAGAUCGAGUAUAUUAGAGUGUACCAGGACAAGAGCUCCAUGUUCGUUGGAUGUGACCCGCCGUCGCAUCCCACCAAGAAAUGGAUCGAUGGCCAUAUCAAAUGGUACACGGAUGCCAAGAACCCCCUGAUCCGAGUGGACGGCGGCGCCACGUGUACCAACGACGACGACUGCGUGUCCGUUACCUCUUCGACGCCCAACGGUCGGUGCAACAAACGUCGAUGCGAGUGCGUCGUGGGCUAUGGUGGCCCGCGAUGCACCAAGUACGUGGGCAGCAAAACCCUCGACACGUCCAGUCCCAACUACUUUGGCCCGCAGUUCUUGUACCCGGUGAUAUUGGCAGCCGUCGUCGCGGCGACGGUGGCGCUGACGUGUGUGCUGCGCAAGCGUCGCAUCGUCGUCGCGGCCACGGUGUCGUCUGUACGAGCCAACGAAGCGAAAGGAGAAGAAGGCACGAGCGACAACCCCCACGACAGCGUCGCCAUGUUGGAAUUUUUGGCCAACCCUCAGCAGAACCAGCAACAUCGCCGCUUUUACGCCCCUGCCAACACUGCGGACGCUUAACAAAGUUAGCGGGAAAGCUAACGGGCUGCCUAUUUAAUAGCCCAAAACGUGAUGUUCGAAUGUUGU